CUAAACACACAUACACGUAUGAUCUAAGUGUGGAGAGUGAUUUUUUUUUUUACGUUUUAAUACAUAUAUCAUUGACGUAGAUAGUGGGGUUUAAAUAUAACGUAUAGGAACCUUUCAGUGCAAAAUAUUUUUCGAACAGGAAUAAACGAGAAACUGUUCAUGACAGAAAAUACAAGUAUGUAGGUGCCCAGAGCUAGCCAAAGAAACAUCAGCGGGUUUCCAUUGUUACAGCUUGUAGUCGCUGGUACCUGAGAAAAUAACAAGUGGCUUCCAGAAUCGGAUUUUUAUCUGGCACGCCGAGUGCCAUGCUAAACCGGCAGACGGUUUGGGAAUGUCUCGCCCUUCUGUUGGUGGCAUGUCAGUCAGUCACGGCCGGAACAUCGCCAACAAUAACAAACUCGGCAGUGACGACACUGAAGGAAUACCAGGCCACGCCCACCACCAUCACGUCCAUCACGUGCACUGACCCUGACCUUGCAGGUGUUGUGGUCAGCGGCUCCAUAUCCCCGACAACCAACUGUGUCAGCUGUUUCAUCGUCGUGCCAACAGAUCUAGCGCAGGGCGAGUAUGAGCUCCAGUUCUACCCCUCCGUGGCCACGCUCAACUUUAACGAAGUGCCGGAGUAUGACAUCACCUUGAGCUGUAACGACGGCACUGAUCCCAUUACGACCAAACACAUCUAUGUCAGACUCAUACCCAACUCUGCUCCAUACUUCACCAACGGUCUCACGGAUUCCUUCAUCUGGUCCAACACGAAGACGACCACCGCCCUGACCCCCCUGUACACCAUAUCUGCGGCUGACCCCGACGGUGACCCCAUCUACUACACACUCAAGACCACGCCCACUUCAUCAAACUUCGCCGUCAAUUCACUGGGUCAGAUUUACGCGGUCAAUGACCUCAGCUCAGAGUGUAACGACAAGAUGACCUUUGAAGUCCGGCUGUCAGACGGGAAGAUAACAAACGUGGGUCCACAGGUCAUCACGGCCACACUCAGCGGCGCCAACCAGACGCCCAAGAUCACGAACCUUGACGCGACAGCUCGCUGGCCUGAAGACACGGCCGUGUCGACCUCUCUCAUCAACCUUGACGUCGUGGACGACUCGGGUUCAACGACCUUGUCCUUCACCACCAGCCCAACCAGUGCCCUCAGUCUCUUCGAUAUCAGCGGUACUUCCGUGGUCCUCAAGUCUAAGUUGGACUACGAGAGCUACCUGCUGCAGCGCCCGCUCCUCAUCGUCUCGGCCACCGACGGCUACUGCACGUCCAAGUCCUACACCUACACCGUCAGCGUCACCGACGUCAACGAGCCGCCCGUCAUCUCACCCGACAACCAGAUCCUAGAGGUGUACGAGGGCGAUAUCAACUUGGACCCCAAGUGGACAACCACUGACCCUGAUGCCGGGGACACCCUGACCUACUCCAUCAAAAGCUCCAGCCCCACGGGCACAUCCACGAGACUAGUGACUGACCCCACCACGGGGGUCAUCAAGUCAGUGGUGGACUACGAUGUUGACCAGAGUGCCAUGUCAGCCACUGUCACACUAACUAUGCAGGUGAGCGACUCGGGGCUGCUGAAUGACACGACAACCUUGACCCUUCACAUCCUGGACGCCAACGACAACGCCCCCAUCUUCUCCACGGGGCUCGUUGAUCAGUUCUUCACGGUCACAGAAUGUUCCAGCACAGGCAUCAAGCUAGGGGCCGUGUCAGCCACAGACAAGGACUCGACUUUCCAGGACAACAACGUGAUCACGUACAGCAAGAGUGCAGGAGGAACUGGCGUGACCAUCACGCCUGCUGGUGACGUCAUCCUAGACAGUGUGUCUGCAGCAGGGACCAGCGCCACCUACACGGUGGUGGCCACUGACCACGGCGUCUACCCAGGGGCACUGUCCAGCGUCAUCCCGGCCACAGUCACAGUCAGCUUCACACCUUGUCCAACGACGACCACCACUACGACAACCACCACAACCACGACGCCAACCACGACUACAACGCCAACGACAACCACCCCCAAGGCAUCUUCCUUCUCAACCUCGGAUAAUCUCUGGUGGAUUAUCCUUUCGGCUCUCUUCGGCACGGCAUUUGUAGGUGUGACUGCCUGGCUGUGCCUGAGUCGGGUCAGGCCUUUCUGUGCUGGCAACAUCCCCCGGGGUCACUGGUCACGUGGGUGUAGCGGCAGAUGUGGGGGAGACAUGUGCAAACGUAAGAAAGUCCCAAAAGUUCCCAAAUCAACACGUGUUAUUGACAUAAAGCCCAAGCCGGAAGGAAUCGCACCCGGCAACGGAAACGCUGGAUUCUGGAAAGAAAGAUUUCGAGACGAAAACUACAAAAACACCCCAGACAGAGACGCAGUACCUGAGCCAGCAAACUAUGAAACGACUGAAGACGAUUUCGUGGAGGCCAAACCCAAACAUGACGCGUCACUUCCGGAUGUGGAGAACCCGGAUAUUAACAGUGGUCGCGUCUGGAGCAGCAAUGUCAACAUGAACUACGGCAGGGUCAACCCCAGAUAUGACGAUGGUAUCCUGUGAUCUGGUCAUGCCCAUCUGUAGGGAGGGUGGAGAGUAGAUCUGUAGAGAGGGUGGAGAGAUCUGUAGGGAGGGUGGAGAGAUCUGUAGAGAGGGUGGAGAGAUCUGUAGAGAGGGUGGAGAGAUCUGUAGAUAGGGUGGAGAGUAGAUCUGUAGAGAGGGUGGAGAGAAGAUCUGUAGGUAGGGUGGAGAGAUCUGUAGAGAGGGUGGAGAGAAGAUCUGUAGAGAGGGUGGAGAGAAGAUCUGUAGAGAGGUUGGAGAGAAGAUCUGUAGAGAGGGUGGAGAGAAGAUCUGUAGAGAGGGUAGAGAGAAGAUUGGCGCAACUUGUUACCCUGCCCAAUAGUGUCCAGUGAUUUAAAGAUUUCUUUUUUAUGUACAAGUUUAUUCACUUAAUUUAGAAUUUAAGAUCAUAUUAAUGCCCAUUAUUAUUUUUAAAAAUGUUAUUUUAGUUUGAAGAUCCUAUUUAAGGAUUAAGAAAAAAAACUGAAACUUUUAAAGCUGCACCCAUACAUAACUGUAGCAUAUCAAGUGAUUGUUACUGCACCAUUACAACAUGUUUGAGAUACACAGGCUUUUAAUUGUGUUUCUAUAUGCCAGUUGAUUUUUGAAGAGCCAUUAAAAUGUACUAAUAGCUACAUUUUAGAUCAAACCAUAGCUCACAUAUUUUUAAACUUAGAUCUAGAGAACAGAAGCUCUCCAGAUAGAAAAGUUUAUAUUUCAGAACCCAGCAACUGAGCAAGUGAAUAAUUAUUGGCCAAGCUUACAGCUGUGAUAAGAUUGUUACAUAACUUGAAAAGAUUUAAUUAUUGUGUUUGUAUUGUCCUAUAUUUGUACACAAAAAAACAAGAGCUUUAUGAAAGAUGUAUUUUACAUUUUAAAAAGAAAAUAAUGACAAAUAUGAUUUCUGCUUAUUGUGGUAGCUUUAAAAUUUCGCUUUUUUCAACACACUAAGCAGAAAAAUACCAUAUGCAUUAAUUAGUUUAAUGUUAUGUAUUUGUUAAUUUUUUUUUAAACAAAAUUUUUAAAAAUUAUACAUCUCAACAUUUUUAAUACAAUGUUAGUUAAAUAUACAUGCAUAUAUCAUUAAUACAAGACUUAAGACAUCUUUUUUGGUCAAUUAUUCAUUAUGUCUGCUGUUAUACCAAGUACAUUUUAAUACAGAUAACUAAAUAUCUCUUUUUGAUUUUCACCAAUCUAAAAUGUACAAAACAACAUAAAAUAAGCAACAGGAUAGGCUUGGCUGAAAAUAGAAAUGCAUUUUAUCAGUCUUCAGUUGUAGUAAAUAAAAGACUAACUUAUAGGCAGAAUUGGUCAUUAUAAUUUUUAAAUCUUGAUUUUAGUAACUGACACACACAUAUUUACAAAUAAAACAAAUAACAGUCCUAUGUAGCACAAUGUAUAUAACAUUACGUCUGUACCUAAUUUUUAAAUUAAACUUCCGACAAUAAAAUCUAGAACAAAAACUUAUGUCAUCUCAACUAGAUGCAUAUCAUUGCUAUGAAAACCACUUUCAUUUUUGAUUAGUUUUGAGCUGGUUGUUAGGAAUCUUUAAAAUAUAACUAACAAAAUUAAUAAUUCUGAUCUGGUAAUAAACUGCACAUUUGUAUCG